GUUCAGAUUCAGCUGUGCAUCUGCUGUAGUAGUAGAGGUGGAGAUGUGAUCCAAAGCUAAGGCUUUUUAUCAUUAUUGAUACAUUGCAAAUUUAUUCAUCCUUAUACUGCAGGCACUCUUUGGCAAAGCAAAAUGGAAUCCCCCUUUCCUCUGACAUCCUUGGGCCUCCUGGUUCCCCCAUUGAGACUUAUGUCAGCCGUCAUGUGGGAGGUGGUAAGACAGAGGAACAUAAAGCACUACGGGAAGCUGGAAGAGUUUGUAUCCUUAGUAACAGAGGCUAUUCCAGAGCUUCUAAGUAACCGACAAAAGAGACUGCUUGCUCUUGGGUUAAGAGCAAAGAUCACUCUAGAUUUACUACGGGCUGAGCAUCCAAAGAUUAAGACUGUUAAAUGUCACCUUGACAAAAUGCAAAAGCCAUCAUCUUUUAUACAACAGGCGGAUGCAGAAAUGGGGGAUCCUGAGCUGAACUUUGUGAGGCUGGUUCAAAGCCUUCUAGAAGACCCAGAUGGCAGGGAACACUUUUUCAAGAAUGUGUUUCCUGUGGAGUAUGGUCCAGAUUUUGAUACAGCACUUCAAGCACUGGUCCAUGACUUUUUCUCUAGACUGGAGGAGCUGCUGCCAGUACCCGAUUUCGAAAGGACUGCUUCCUGGAUCAGUACUGCCCCAUCUGUCCUAGAGGAGUACAUGCAGUGUGUCUCCAAUGAAGAUGACCUCAAAUUGCUACUUCAAACCAAACAAUGUCAUGGGAAGUUGGCCAAUAAUGUUGCCUCAUCAUCAGAUUAUGGCCUCUUUGCUUCCUUGUCCCUCCCACUCUCACUCAGAGAGAUAGAUGCCUCCCAACAGAUAAUCAGUGAUGAUGAAUCGGAAACUUGCCCUGACUAUGAAAGCCCCAGGACAAUGGAUUUGGGGACUGUAACUGACAACCAUCGUGACCAGUGUUCUCAGCUGAAACCAAGUUUAGAUGACAAUGUAAUCCAGACAGAGAUGGAAGAAAACCAAGGAGACUCGAGAAGGACUGAUCUCCAGGUAGAGGCAGGGGAAAAGGUGCAUAGUCUAGGAUGGAAGCCUGACAUUGAAGGAGAAGCUUCAAACAGAAUUUCUGAACCUACGGUUGGAGACGCACAGAGGAAUAGCGUUACUGCUGCACAGACUUUAAUGCCCGAAGAUGAAUUGUCUGCCAUCUUGCAAGGUCCCUCCACUUCAAUGGAAAGCCCUGCCUCCAGUUCCACCACAGCAGGCCAUCCACGGCGACGAGUGGCCCAUAAAUGCAGUCAGUGUGGGAGGUGUUUCAUUUAUCGCUACGAACUUCUCGAGCACCAGAGACUCCACACUGGAGAGAACCCCUACAAGUGCUCCCAGUGUGGGAAGGCCUUCAGACGAACAUCCGAUCUGUCGUCUCACAGGAGGUCACAGUGCACCAAUGCAGCUUAUAUCUGUAUCAAAUGCGGGAGCAGUUUUGAAUCUAUUCAGGAGAAGUUCAGACACCAGUGCCCGAAGAUGCCCAAGGACCAAAGGUUUGACUGUUCACAGUGUGGAAAGAGCUUCAAGAAGUUUUACAUGCUUGGAAAGCACCAGCAGACUCAUACCGGGGACCGUCUUCUGAAGUGUCGACAAUGUGGGGAAGGCUUCCCCAGGAUGAGUGAGUUAAGAGCUCACCAGAGGAUUCAUCAGGUAGACAAAGCGUACCAAUGCAACCAGUGUGGAAAGUUCUUCAGUUCCACAGCCUGUUUGGUAGGCCAUGAAAAGCGUCACGGCCAGCAGAGAUCCCAAGUGUGUCCGCGGUGUGCAAAGGCUUUCAAGAAUAAAUAUGACCUGAAUCUCCACAUGCGUACUCAUACUGGAGAGCGGCCAUAUCAGUGCACCUACUGUGGAAAACGGUUCUCGGUGUCAGGGAAUCUGAACAUACACAUACGGACUCACACCGGGGAGAAGCCUUAUAUUUGUACAGAUUGUGGGAAGGCAUUCCGAUCAGCCGGGGAGCUGCAGAUCCACAGGCGCACGCACACGGGAGAGAAGCCAUACAAGUGCACUGUCUGUGGCAAAGGGUUUACCAUGGCCAGUAAAGUGACACUACACAUGCGUGUCCAUACUGGAGAACGUCCCUAUGUCUGUCAUCAGUGUGGGAAAGGUUUUUCACGUGGGGGUGAAUUGAAAAAACACAUGCUAAACCACUCAGGAGUAAGACCAUAUCCUUGCCAUGUAUGUACAAAGACCUACACUUGCCUCAAUCACCUGAAGAGACACUUAAAAACCCAUACAUAAAACAGUCAAGAAAGUUUCAUUUAUAGAAGUCGGUUGUCUUGUCAGGAAAAUGACUUUUCUAUUAGACACUAGGCUAUGCAGUAAGUUUACUAUGUUUCUCUGAGGCCGUUUUGUACAUGAAACCCUCACUGGAAUCAUAUUGUCAUGUUAUACUGAUACAUAUCACCAAAAUACUUUGACACCAUUGCUUAGAACAGUGGUUCUCAAUCCUGGUCCUUGGGACCCCCUGCCCUGCAUGUUUUAGACAUUUCCC